AUGUUGUCGAAUAAGAUCCAGCAUUUCCCGGAGAAACCUCAAUUCUCAGGCUUCAUGAAGCCCUGUCGGUUUGAAGGGGAGGCUCAGAAUCUCGAAGUCUAUGGCGACCUACCGCAGGACAUCGAUGGAACUUUCUUUCGGGUGAUGCCUGAUCCCCAGGCCUUCCCGUUCGUUGAAGACGAUCCAUGGUUCAACGGCGACGGCAAUGUCAGUGCCUUCCGGAUCAAGGAUGGCAGAGUUUCCUGGCAGCAGCGGUUUGUGCGGACUGAAAAGUUCGUCCGGGAAAGAGAAGCAAAGAGGGUCCUCGUCGGGAAGUACCGGAACAGGUUCACCGAUGCCGUUCGCUUGAAGAUCCGCAGCACAGCCAAUACCAAUGUUGUCUUCUUCAAUGGACAAUUGCUUGCCUUGAAGGAAGACUCCCCGCCAUAUGCAAUGGACCCACAUACCUUGGACACCAAGGGUCUGUAUGAUUUUGAAGGACAAUUACCAAGUAUCACGUUCACAGCCCAUCCGAAGUUUGAUCCCAAGACAGGCGAAAUGGUGUGUUUUGGAUACGAGGCCAAGGGUGACGGCACUCCCGAUAUCUGCUACUAUCAAGUUGGACCAGAUGGGAAAUUUUCUGAUAUCUGCUGGCUGGUGGCGCCUGUGUGCGCGAUGAUUCAUGAUUUUGCGGUCACUGAGAACUGGGUGCUGUUCCCACUUAUCCCUCAACUCUGUGAUAUUGAGCGCAUGAGGGCGGGAGGGGAGCACUGGCAGUGGAGCCCGGAGACUCCUCUCUAUAUUGGAAUUAUUCCUCGUCGGAACCCAAAGCCAGGCGAUGUCAGGUGGCUCCAAUGGGAUAAUUCUUUUCCAGGGCACACACUCAAUGCCUACGAAGAUGAGAACGGUCACGUUGUGCUUGACCUUGGUCUGAGUCGCCAGAAUGUCUUUUUCUGGUGGCCCGAUGGGAAGGGAUUUGCCCCGGAGCCCAGCACAAUUGCGUCCCAACUGAGCCGAUUCAUUAUUGAUCCGCACUCAGACAUCGACAGACUCCCAGAGCCCGAGAUCCUCCAUUCCGGCAACAGCGAAUUCUACCGGGUCGAUGAUCGUCUGAGCACGCAGAAGCAUCAACACUGCUUUUUUGAUCUGAUGGAUCGAUCUCUAGGGACUGAUUUCCAGGCUAUCGAGCCUCGGCUUGGUGGUGGCUACCCACUUUACAAUGCCCUUGCACAUCUUGAUCUUCGGACGGGCGAGACGGAGGUAUACUUCCCUGGAAGAAACCAUUUGAUUCAAGAGCCUGUUUUCAUUCCCAGGGCUGGGUCUGACGUGGAGGGCGAUGGCUAUCUGCUGGCAUUGAUCAAUAACUACGAUUCUAUGAGUAGUGAGCUGCAUCUUCUGGAUUUGAGGGACUUCAAGAAGGCUCGCUCGAUCAUUAAAUUGCCAGUCCGACUGCGCCAGGGUCUACAUGGUAACUGGGUUGAUAGCGGCGACAUGCUUGACUAA